AUGGUGCUUCAAAUAGUCACAGCCGUGUCAAAGAAGGUUUUGAGGCUAACAGUGUGUGUGACGCGCACGGGUGUGAGAAGUGUGCGCAGGGGCGCGGUGGUUGGACUCAGCCGCAUGUCUCGUCCCGUGACGGACAAACACGUGGUCUGCACUGGCGCGCUGCCAACUAUCUCCAGCGUCGAGUCAAUAAUAGAUGGCAACGGGAUGCCGCCAACAAUAGACGCCAUCGAUGUUGUCCAUACUCUACGCAACACAGCUUGA